AUGAAACGUUCACAUUCUGAAAUGGAUUCGAAGAAAAAAGCCGAGGCAGAAGAAGGUGUAUCGCCAAAGGAGCAGGAUCCUGGAACGAGUGUUAGUGCCGAGAAAACCAACGAGAAGCAGCUUGAUUCCCCCCAGAAAUCUGAUGAAUGCGUAAUUUGCUAUCAGCCGUAUACGUUUAAAACGGAAUUACCCGAUUGUGGGCAUACAUUUUGCUUCUUAUGUAUCAAAGGCGUGGCGUUGAGGAAUCAGCCUUGUCCAUUAUGUCGAAGACGUAUCUCUCGUAGUCUGUUUAACGACCCAAAGCUAACUACUGAACAGCCGACAGAUGUUGCGGAAACAGGCACAAGUGCUACCGAAAAUGUGCAAAUUGAAAAGAAGAGCGCAAAAGUACACUGGUAUUAUGAGGUGGGAAAUCAUUUCUGCAGUCAUAGGACACCGAGAUUUUCACGUGCAAUAAAACGUGUUGAAGAUGUAGAUCCAGAAUUGGCUGAUGCAAUUCGAGGUGUUGCUGGUCUUCGUACAUCAAACACAAGUGCUCCAAGCCUAGCUGCUUCAAAUAUAGGCAGAGAACGACGAACAGCAACA